AUGGCCGGGCCACGGGCCCAGGAGGCAGCUGGGGCCGCCGUAAUCCCCCAGGUGUCGCGCGGACAGGGCGCCGCAGCAGCGGCAGCAGGAAGGUCGCAGAAGCAGACCGCGGGGCCUGGCCUCGGGAGCAGAGGCUCAGGGCUGCUGGCUGUCCUCACCUGGCACCCAGAGGAGGCCCGGGAUUCCUGGGCUGCGAGGCCCCGAGCAGCAGCCUGCGCCGAGCACGGAGCGCAGAGCACGGCCGGAGAAGGCCGCGAGUGGGAGGCGCAGCGCGCCCUUCCCGGGGACACGGAGGUUCUGAACACCGCCAUCCUCACUGGGAAGCCCGUGUCCGUCCCCGUCAAGGUCGUCGGGGUCCAAGAGGACGGCUCAGUGGUGCACGUGUCGGAGUCGGUGGAGUGCAGGUCGGCGGACGAGGACGUGGUGAAGGUGGACAGUGUCUACGACUGUGUGCUUGCUAACUCCCCUGCUCGCAGGCCUACGCAUUUAUUCCUCAAACACGAAUGCAUCUCCUUCCGUGGGGAGCGGCGUGCAGGGCGCCGUGGGAGCCGCACAGGUUGGAUGCGCGAGAGCGCUGGCCCCGGAGGUCGCCACAGAGGACCCACCCGGGAGAGCGAAGAUGAGGAGGACGAGGAGAAGAAGGGCCGGGGCUGCUCCCUGCAGUACCAGCAUGCGCUGGUGCGCGUCCUCACCCAGUUCGUGGCCGAGGCCCCGGAUGUGGGCCAGCUGACCUACAUGCUGGGCCCCGACUGGCAGUUUGACAUCACUGACCUGGUCACUGAGUUCAUGAAAGUGGAGGAACCGAAGAUCGCCGAGUUACAGGGUGGCAGGACGCUGGCCGGCCGGGAGCCAGGAAUAACCACUGUCCAGGUCCUCUCGCCGCUCUCGGACUCCAUCCUGGCUGAGAAGACAGUGAUUGUCCUGGAUGACCGGGUCACCAUCACUGAGCUGGGCGUGCAGUUGGUGGCUGGCCUGUCUCUCUCUCUGCAGUCUCACAGAGCAGACAAGAGGGCCAUCGUCUCCACGGUGGCUGCCGAGGAUGUCCUUCAAGCCCCGCGGCAGGAAGCAAUAGCUAGUUCUUGGCUUUUGUUCAGUGACGGCUCGGUGACACCGUUGGACAUUUAUGACCCCAAGGAUUUUUCCAUAACUGUGUCAUCGCUGGAUGAGAUGGUGGUGUCCGUCCCACUGGACCUGCAGUCCCAGUGGCCGGUGGUGGCUGCAGAGGGGGAAGGACAAGGGCCCCUGAUUAAGCUGGAGAUGACCAUCAGUGAGCCCUGUCAGAAGACCAAGCGGAAGAGCGUUCUUGCCGUGGGUAAGGGAAACAUCAAGGUCAAGUUUGAGCCGGGCAUUGCUGGGCACCAAGGAGGCAGCAACGAUAUCGAGGGCAUAAACCGGGAAUACAAAAAGCACUUCAGCAAUUCCAUAGAGCGGGAAGGAAACCAGGAGCGAGCCGUGCAGGAGCGGUUCCAACAUGGCGCCUCCGCCGGGCAGGAGGAAAGGACCAACAAAAGCACAGCCCUGCAGCCUCCCAUGGGGGGAAAGAAUGAGAAGGUGCUCAAAAGUGGCGGUGCGGACGCCUUCACGAGCUUCCCCACGCAAGGGAAGUCGCCGGAAGCCAACAACCCUAGUGACCUUGCGAUGACCUCUAGGGGCCUCACGGACCUGGAGAUCGGCAUGUACGCCCUGCUCUGCGUCUUCUGCCUGGCCAUCCUGGUCUUCCUCAUCAACUGCGUGGCAUUCGCUUGGAAGUACAGACACAAAAGGUUCGCGGUGAGCGAGCAGGGCAACAUCCCGCACUCCCACGACUGGGUCUGGCUGGGCAACGAGGUGGAGCUCUUGGAGAACCCGGUGGACAUGACGCUGCCCUCUGAGGAGUGCACCACCGUGAUAGACAGGGGGCUGCAGUUCGAGGAGAGGAACUUCCUGCUGAACGGAGGUUCCCAGAAGCCCUUCCACAGCCAGCUGCUCAGACCUUCUGACUAUGUCUACGAGAAGGAGAUGCCAAGCGAGCCUAUAAGUUCUUCGGGCCCAAAGCGGAAGCGAGUCAAGUUCACUUCCUACACCACCAUCCUCCCCGAGGACGGCGGCCCGUACACCAACUCCAUCCUGCUUGACAGCGAUGACAACAUCAAGUGGGUCUGCCAGGACAUGGGGCUGGGGGACUCGCAGGACUUUAGGGACUACAUGGAAAGACUGCAGGACCAGAUGUGAGCUCCUUUUUUAUGUUUGUAUUCACCUUUAUGCCUUCUGUUUUCAGGAUGGUGGAGCAGUGAAUCUGAUCAGCAAUAGAGAUGACCUAGCCCAGUUUCCUUAGUGGACGUCCGGCGGGCCUCUGCCUAAGCAGGCUUCAGGGGCCUGGGAGCUUGGCUGCCGGGGUUAACCAGGAAAUGCCUCUCCAGCAGCCACCCGCAGGGCCUGGAGAAAUUCUAAGACGAUAGUGUAUCUCUUGCCUGGUCCGAGCUUGGUGCAAGUACAAUAAAGCCGACCCCACAGACAUUGCUAGUCAUGUCCUGGGAAAUGGCCGUGUGGUGUGUAACUCAGAAGGCUUUGGGUGGUGACUUUUCUAUUCUUAGACCUUUUAAAGCACAGUGGACACUUAGAGCCCUUGGCCUGAGUUUAGACACGUGUGAGAGAUGACUGAAUGUGGCUUCCUUGCUUGUUGGGAGUGCUGCUUAUUAUUUUUUAUAUACAUUUGCACCCACACAUGUUCCUUUGUCCUCUAGAUUUCUUUUGUGAAACACAGACACCGCAGUGUUUUCUCUGAUGUCUAUUUGAUUGACAUUUGUGUUUCAUGCCCUGGGACUCGCCUUGUCCUGUCACUUCCUGGUCCCCUGCAGGACCUCAGCUUGUCCAGCUUCCUGUGCCCUGAAAGGCCCUGUCUAAGAAGUUCAUUCUCACUCUGCUCUUCCUUCUUUUUGCCAUGCAGCUUUUCCGAAUAAGACUGGGGUGGGGCUUUACUUCAAAUGUUACUACCCAGCGAGGGAGGGCCGUUUCUUUAGUCUUACGUGUGAAGCUUAAAACAUUUGGAGAAAAGUUGUGAAUCACAAACAUUUGUUCUUGUCAUCUGCUUGUUGCAAAUUCUGGGGGGCUCCUGGGGUGUCUUUCUGUGGGUAGGGGACCCCCAACAUAGCUGUGUUUGUAGACAUGCUCUCUUUGGCCCAUACAAUAUGUUAUCCAAGCUGACAUCUCCAAGUGGAAUUGAUCGGACACGGAAGGGAAGUUGUCUAGGAACUAGCCUCAGACUGAACUUCUCAUUUUGCCUGAACACACACAAAAAAGUUUUAAUGGUGUUUAAAGUUAGCAAUAUAUAGGAGUUCAUCCAUACGAUGACCAAUAAAAACAAAUUUCAGUAAUGACGCUGGCAGAAUUCAAUGUUUGCAAGUAUGCAUUGGAGGGGACAAGCAGUAGGUUCUCCCUGGAUUCAUAAAAAUGACCACCCCACAGCCUAAGAAGCUGGCCUAGUGCACAAGCCACAGCUGUGGAAAAAUCAAAGUGAUCAGAGAGUAAAAAUGAUUCCUGCAUCAACCUAAAGUAAAAAAGUUAUGGAAAAACACUGUGAAUGGUCUCAGACAGAGCAAGAUUUUAAAAGAAGCAAAAUGCGAGUUUUACUUAAGGUGAUGUGGGUGGAAAGGAUCGAGCUGCCGUGGCCCAGCAGGAGUUAACCAAGCCAUUUGCACCAGUGAAAAUUGGAAUUCUAAAGGCCCAGCAUAAGAAGGACAUGCGUGAGGUCACCUGUGUUGGGGCCCUGGCUCCAAAAGGUGGGUGACCAAGCUAUUCAGAGGAGAGCUGGUCUUGUUCUCUUAUUUCAGAUUCCCAUGGGUAGGAACAUGACAGUCAACCUUUCAGCUAUGAAGUGGUCGACAAAAAGCCCAUCCUGUGUCAUGCACUGCAGUGUGUUUGCAGAGAGGGUGGCAUUGCAGGGGACCUGGGCCUGAUCCCUCUGAGGCCGGAAGCUGGUGUUCUGUUGGUUCUGCAGUUGCUUUAAGUGACACUUAGGGACCAAAGCUGGCGGGUUUCCUGGGAACUUCAGCUUGACUGGAGAGUGGAGCCAGGGCAUCCAGGCAUUAGCAGCCCAGACCUUUGCAACCAGAGAUCUGGCACCUCCUAGGAAAGCCCCC